AUGGCACUCCUCUCCACCACAGCCAAGUACAGCCCGUGGUCGUUUCUCCCUCGAUACCUGUAUCUGCAGUUCCGCAAAGCUGCCAACCUGUUCUUCCUCUUCAUUGCUAUAUUGCAGCAAAUUUCAGAUAUUUCUCCAACAGGAAAAUAUACAACCGUGCUGCCUUUGAUGGCGAUUCUUACAGUUUCAGGCAUCAAAGAGAUUAUAGAAGAUUAUCAGCGACAUAAGGCAGACCGACAAGUUAACAUGAAGAAAACAGCAGUGUUACGGCAAAACACAUGGCAAAUGAUUAUGUGGAAGGAGGUAAAGGUGGGCGACAUAGUGAAGGCCUUGAAUGGGCAGUUCCUUCCUGCAGACAUGUUCCUGGUUUCUUCCAGUGAACCUCAGUCAGUGUGUUAUAUUGCAACAUCUAACCUGGAUGGAGAAACAAAUCUAAAAAUACGGCAGGCUUUGCCAGAAACAGCUAAAAUGCAAAGGAAGAAACAAUUAUUGAGCCUAUCCGGCAAAAUAGAAUGUGAAGGACCUAAUAAUCAUAUAAAUCGCUUCGUUGGAACCUUGUGUCUCACGGGUAAAAGCCCUGUGCCAAUUGGGCCUGACCAGGUCUUGCUGAGAGGUACACAACUUAGAAACACUCAGUGGAUCUUUGGCAUAGUUGUUUACACUGGAUUUGAAACCAAAUACAUGCAGAAUUCAGUCCGAUCACCUCUGAAGACAUCAAAUGUUGAGAAGGUGACCAAUGUGCAGAUCCUGGUGCUGUUUGUCCUGCUCUUGGUCAUGUCCUUCAUGAGCUGCGUGGGAGCUGUGUUCUGGAAUGACUCAUUUGAUGACAAAAUCUGGUACUUCAAGAAGAAGGCGUUCACCUUUAGCAACUUUGGGUUUGACCUAUUGGUGUUCAUCAUCUUGUACCACAAUCUGAUCCCCAUUAGUCUGCUGGUGACUCUUGAAAUUGUGAAAUAUAUUCAGGGUCUCUUUAUCAACUGGGAUGAAGAUAUGCAUUUUAAAGAAAAUAAUCUCUAUGCUGUGGCCAGAACUUCCAGUCUCAAUGAAGAGCUGGGGCAGGUGAAAUACUUAUUUUCUGAUAAAACAGGAACCCUCACUUGCAAUGUUAUGACUUUUAAGAAGUGUACGGUCGCAGGCAUCGUUUACGGUCAUGCACCUCCUUUCAUCACGGAUCAAGGUGAAUUUAACGACCCAACAUUGCUGAAGAACUUUGAGGAUGGGCAUCCCACCGAAGAAUAUAUAAAGGAGUUCCUUACCCUUUUAUGUGUGUGCCACACUGUUGUUCCUGAGAGAGAUGGGGAUGAGAUCAUUUACCAGGCCUCCUCUCCAGAUGAAGUGGCUUUAGUGAAAGGAGCAAAAAAACUUGGCUUUGUGUUCACUUCAAGAACACCGUACUCUAUUACCAUCGAAGUGAUGGGAGAAAAAUUCACAUUCGAAGUUCUCAACAUCCUGGAGUUUUCCAGUAACAGAAAAAGGAUGUCUGUGAUUGUCCGAACUCCUACAGGCCAGCUCCGACUCUACUGCAAAGGGGCUGAUACAGUGAUUUAUGAGAGACUUUCAGAGGAGUCUAUGUUCACCGAGGAGACGUUAAUGCAUCUGGAAUAUUUUGCCACAGAUGGGCUGAGAACUCUGGUUAUGGCUUAUACUGAUCUAACUGAGAAAGACUACAGGGAGUGGUUGGAGAAGUUUAAACAAGCUAGUACGGUUUUACAAGACCGAAGUCAAAGAAUAGAAGAGUGCUACGAGACCAUUGAAAAGGAAUUUCUGCUGCUUGGAGCCACAGCCGUUGAGGAUCACCUUCAAGCCCGUGUUCCAGAAACCAUCACAGCUUUACUGAAAGCAAACAUAAGAAUUUGGGUCUUGACGGGAGAUAAACAAGAAACUGCAGUUAACAUAGCACAACAAGCAAUUAAUCAGAACUGUGAUGAUCUCGGAACCUUGCUAGGUCAAGAAAACGACCUGGCUCUAAUUAUUGAUGGUGAAACAUUGAAGUAUGUCUUCCCCUUUGAAAUUAAGAGGAACUUCAUAAAUUUGGCCCUCUCAUGUAAAGCAGUAUUAUGUUGUAGAUUAUCUCCCCUCCAGAAGGCUGAAAUCGUGGAAAUGGUCAAGAGUCAUGUAAGCGCAAUUACCCUCGCUGUGGGCGAUGGGGCCAACGAUGUGGGGAUGAUCCAGUGUGCCCACGUGGGCGUGGGCAUCAGUGGAAACGAGGGCAUGCAGGCCACCAACAACUCGGACUAUGCCAUCGCCCAGUUUAGUUACUUGGAGAAGCUUCUGUUGGUUCAUGGAUCUUGGAACUAUAUUCGAGUGACCAAAUGCAUAUUGUACUGUUUCUACAAGAACAUGGUGUUAUAUGUUAUUGAGCUUUGGUUCGCCUUUUUUAAUGGAUUUUCCGGGCAGAUUAUCUUUGAUCGUUGGUGCAUCAGCUUGUACAAUGUGAUUUUCACUUCGCUGCCACCUUUUACUCUGGGAAUCUUUGAACAGUGCUGCAGUCAGAAGAGCUUGCUCAAGUACCCACAGCUCUACUCCAUUUCUCAGGAUGAGACCAUUUUCAGCACAAAGGUAUUCUGGAUUGAAUGUAUGACUGCCUUGGUCCACUCCUUCAUUCUCUUCUGGUUCCCUAGCCAUCCCAGCUUGGUCAUGGGUACCAGCUGCAAGUUUGGGAGUGGUCACACUACAGACUAUUUGUUUCUUGGAAAUUUUAUUUAUAUGUAUGUAGUUGUAACCGUUUGUCUGAAAGCUGGUUUGGAGACGUUGUCUUGGACUAAAUUUACUCAUGUGGCAAUUUGGGGAAGCAUAAUGAUUUGGAUGGUGUAUUUUGCAGUUUACUCUUACGUCUGGCCCACCCUUCCUGUCGCUCCAGAUAUGAGAGGACAGUGCCCCGAGCGCUUCGACGGCGGCGACGCCACCAUCUGCUGCGGCAGCUGCGCCCUGCGCUACUGCUGCUCCAGCGCCGAGGCGCGCCUGGACCAGGGCGGCUGCGACAACGACGAGCAACAGGGCGCCGGCGAGCCCGGCCGGGCGGACAAAGACGGCCCCGACGGCUCAGCAGUGCCCAUCUACGUCCCGUUCCUCAUCGUGGGCUCAGUGUUUGUCGCCUUCAUCAUCUUGGGGUCCCUCGUGGCGGCCUGUUGCUGCAGAUGCCUGCGGCCCAAGCAGGAGCCCCAGCAGAGCCGAGCCCCCGGCGGCAGCCGCUUGAUGGAGACCAUUCCCAUGAUCCCUAGCGCCAGCACGUCGCGAGGGUCUUCCUCCCGCCAGUCCAGCACGGCCGCCAGCUCCAGCUCCAGUGCCAACUCGGGUGCCCGGGCUCCCCCUACCAGGUCGCAGACCAACUGCUGCCUGCCGGAGGGGACCAUGAACAACGUGUAUGUCAACAUGCCCACCAACUUCUCGGUGCUGAACUGCCAGCAGGCCACCCAGAUUGUGCCGCACCAGGGGCAGUACCUGCACCCGCCCUACGUGGGGUACGCGGUGCAACACGACUCGGUGCCCCUGCCACCCAUGCCCCCUUUCAUGGACGGCCUGCAGACAGGCUACAGGCAGAUCCAGUCCCCCUUCCCGCACACUAACAGUGAGCAAAAGAUGUUUCCAGCGGUGACUGUGUGA